CGACGACCUUUACUUCGACACCGUUUACAAUCCCUCCGAGACCGAAACCGAAACCGACUCCGCAUCCCAUCCUGUAGAGUCUCAGCAACCGCCGUUAUCGUCGGUGGUUGAGAAGAAGGAGUGCAACAAGAGGAGGAAAGUGUGCAGAUCAUCGCAUCUGGCUUCAGGGACUCGGAACCUGAGCAGAGAACAGGGGAGUAAGCUUCUUGCGAGACAGUUUCGGCAUGAUUGGCUGUACAUCUGUGAGUGGCCAGGGUGCGUCCACGUGGAGGAGAAGAGGAAUUACAGGUUGUUCAGAGGCGUGUUCAAGAACUUCAAGAGGAGCAGGGUGUGGAGGACCAUCAAUGAUGGCAACAGGAAGAGGAUCGAUCUUGGUUGCGCCUUCUGUAACUGUCAUGAGACUUGGGAUCUGUUGUCUGCGUUCUGUUUGAGGAGGGGCUUUGGCUAUCACGAUGAUGGUCAGCCUGUUGUUCGAGCUUUUGUUUGUGAGAAUGGCCAUGUCUCUGGUGCUUGGACUGAUGUCCCCAUCUACACUUAACUUUAGAGUAGCAUUGUUUCCUAAUCCCUAUGCCCUUCAACUUACCCUUCAUUCUUCCUUCUUUUGUUAAUAUAUCGAAUCGAUAUAUUUUAGAGUUGUUCAGAUGCAUGGGACCCACUAGUCUUAUGUCACAUUUCAGACGGAUUCAUAAUUAUGGUGCUUGUAAAUCUCUCUCUGUGAUCCUCUGUUCCCAACUUUGUUUAACAUAAUUCUGUCUUCGUUUUCCAUUUCAGAAGCGUAGUAGAUCAUGAUUCACGACCAGAUGAAAGGUAUAAUCAUCAUAGUUCCACUUUUUACA